GUCAAUUGUGAGUCGAUGUGUGUUUUAUAAUUUUAAUACAAGUGAAGUGAAAUAUUUAUAUUUGAAAUUAAGUGAAGUAUUUUCUUAGUGCUACGAUUUUUUAUAAGGUGCACGAUAGUUACUCAGUCCUCUGGAGGUAGGAAUAACAUGCGUGUAAGGUUAACCUUAAAAUAACAUAGUAUUUCUUUAUUAUUUCAUGGAUGAUUAUAAUCGUAAGCAAUUGAUAAAGUUUUAAUUGCCAAAGUGUCAACGAUAGUAAUAUAUUCAUAAGCAAAAAAACAGUGAAAACAGCUCUCGAUAAAACAUAAUCGUGUUUCGUUACCUUGAGACGUAACUCGGUCAAGCCACCACUGCGCAUGAGUGAAGUCAAGUGCAGCCAAGUGUCAUCACCCAGUCUACCCAGAGACCGGCAAGUCAGCGGCCUCCUGUCCCGAGAAAUAAACACGUCGCAAACACGAGUGUCAUUAAGGUAUUAGUCGACGCAUGGCGAGAAAACAGCAGCAUGUCGGGCAUGACGGGAGCGAGCAUGCUGCGCACGCGCAGAAAAGAUGUCAACGUCAAGCCAAACCGCAAAUUGGACCGCAAGUCCUCGCGGGGCAUGCUAUACGAAAACGAAGAAUUACGCUUGCGUACAAUCAAUAUCAAUGCAGAAAUUGAGAGAGGGCAAUCAGACAUAAAGAAGCUAAAACGAGAGAAUGAACAGUUGAAGCGAGAGAUUUCCGCCCUCCGCUACGAAUAUGAACGCCUCGACCGUAUGCUGCGCGAGCGCCGCUCUUCACCAGAACAUUCGGACGACAGCGCGUCGAUGUGCAGCGCAUGCCCCGAGUGCACGAGCGUGGACGGCUCUGCACGUGCUGUCGCCUUUCAUGACCUUACCGUCGUGCCGGAGGAGGGGGAGCAGGAGAAUAAGAGCGGCAGCGCAACUCCCUGUAUAUGUGAAGAAUGCCAGAAAGAAACGAAACGCAAAUCCGACGAGAAAGAUAAGAAACAAUCGAGCAUAGAGGAGAGAACGAGCCAAAAAGAUGACAAGGAACCGGUGACGAAACAACCCACGCAAUCCCAAAACAAUGUGCAAAUACAGCCAAAUACAGAAGACAAUGAAAACGAGCGGACUGUUGAUGUAUUAGUGCACGACGCGCCAAAUAUGCCGAGCUUCUUCCAAUCGGUGACGGCACACCCGUGUCAUAUCGCGGGACCUCCGCCACCUGGAUUCGUAAUGGCUCCUUAUCAAGCGCCGCGUUUCCCUACUGCUGAUAAUUUACAAGAAUUAGCAGGAGACGUUACACAUUCCCAAACUACAAUACACACAACAUACAUCCAACAGAAUUCAGUCUUCAUGUGCAAUACCCAAAAGAUUCUACAAAACCAUUGCUGCUGCCAAAAUCGAGAUGAAAGUGCCAAACAGGAACCCUGUCAGGAACAACCAAAAUGUUAUGUCACAGAGAAGAAUAUCGAGUUAACAUACGACUAUCCAAGAACGACACCAAUACCGAGCACUCCCAGUCCGAAAUCUAGUGAUGAAAUACAAACAACAACCACGGAAGUGGCUAGCACGGUCGUCUUUGUUGAAAGACGGAUACCAGUCAAGCCAAAAAAGUUUGAUUUCUUCUUUAGAUCGCGAUCAGCACCUGUUGGGGAAAAUGAAGAACCGAUUUAUGCAACUGUAAAUAAACUACCAAAGAGAUUACGUAGAAUGGAAUUAGCUAAUUUAGAAAAAGAGGUUGCAUACAAAACAACGGAGGCGGAUUCCUCUUCACGCACUGAAGUGACCCAGAAAACUGAUUCAGAAUCACAAGCACAUCCGCCGGACGAUGACACGAGUCGUUCAGAGAGAGAAAAGUCGACUGUACAGCCGCGGCCUGAAUCGCCGAAAGCAAAGAAGCGAAAGCGAUUUUCACUAACUUUUAAAAAGAGGGAGAGAAAGAGAAAAGAGAAGAAAAAGGAGGUAAAAAAUGGGACGAAAAAUGGCGGCCCAGUACAAGUGGAGAGUGACAACGAGAGACUGAUAGAGGAGCACGAACAGAAGCACAAGCAUUGCACAAGACACCGACCGAGGAACACCAUGUCGUCGUCGAGCUCGUGUCCGCGGUACAAGCGGGACAGCUAUCAGGAAAUGACGACCUCACACUCGGAGCACGAACGGACGAACAGCAUGUGCUCGUCGAUGAACUCGCUGGGCUCGGCGUGCACGCACAAGUCGCGCAAGCUGUCGGCCGUGCCGCAGUCGGACUCCAUCCCGUGGUGCGGCUGCUGGGGCGCCGGCUGCGUGUGACCACCGUGGAACUACUCCAAGUGCUUCUCUGACGGAAUCUCCUCUCAUUCCUGAGCUCCCACCGUGGUACCAUCUGCGACUCUUAGCGGAAUCUACGGAGAAUCCUUUCAAAGUUUCCGAUACGAUGCCGGAACGGGGUCGAGACGUAAUCGGUUACGAUUGUGGUGCAUUUAGUAGUACAAUAGAUCUUUAUAGAUUCAGCGAGCUGUAGAGCGACGUACGGUAGUUCUUUUCCUGCUUUCGAUCGAAUGAUUUCUUAUAGAAAUGUUGCGUCUGAAUAGUUUAUUUAUUGAUAGCUCUGUAUAUAGUAUAUUGUUCUGUGAUUCGUGUGUUAAACGCAUAAUUUGAAGUGAAAAUGGAGAAUUUGAAUAAAUUAUUUCAAUUA